UAUAUCCGUUUGUUCACCAUUCUCUUCUGACCUUCACUGUUGUUGUGAGCAGAAAUAGAAUACAGCAAAGAGAGAGAGAUAAUUAUGGAGACUUCUCUAAGAUACAGUGCUGAUUCCAAAUCUCUCAGAAUUCAUGCCAAGCAGAAGCUUCCCAUUGAUUCUGACACUUUCUUGCAGGUUCAUGGAGAACUAGAUACAAGAUAUGGGUCACCAAACUACUUCUGUGCAAUGUUGAGGCGCUUCUAUAAUCAACCACAACUGUCAUCCAGUGUUGGCUUGGGGGUGCAAUUUGAUAAGCAUGAGAAGCUUGGUUACACUGCUCGUGGUAAAAUGGCAUUCCCUGUGACAUCUAAUGACUCAAUUAGCUUUAACGUCAAGGGACGAUGCGAGAUUGACAAAGAGUUUAAGCAGAGGAGGGUCAGGGGAGGUGCAGAAUUCACCUGGUGCAUUUUCAAUUUUCAAAAGGAACAAGAUCUGAGGUUCAAGGUUGGCUACGAUGUCACUAAUAAGAUUCCAUACAUGCAGUUCAGAGAAAAUAAUUGGACUGUCAAUGCUGAUGCAAAGGGCAGGUGGAAUGUUCGAUAUGAUUUGUGAGAAAGGAUAGGUCAUCUAUAUGAAAAUUUUGGAGGUUAGAUUAUGAUAUAGACCUUGAGAAGCACUUUUUCGUGUGUUAAUCUGAUGGACAGCCAUUUUGCUGACCAUAUUCAUUGAUGUUCUAUGUCCAACGAUGAUUUUACUUUUGUAAGUUAGUUAUUGAAAUGCUGCCCAUGUGAAUGUUCUUGUCUCAUCACCAAA